ACUUUAGCAGUACCAAAACACUGUCUCCAGGGCCGUGGACAAGGUAAAUGAUUUCGGCAUGACGGCAGCAAUCAACACGCUACCGCAUGUCAGCAUGAGAGAAGUAUCAACCAAGCUGCAGGAAGGUCAUGCGGGAAUAGCCACAUGCAGAUAUCGCAUCCUCUACUCUAUCACGUAAUUUUCCCACUAUUCUCAGCCUAAGGAUCAAAUAAGAGCCCAAAUUUAUGUGGGAAUUUACCCUAAUCAAGAAAGCGCCACGUUGAUUAUCUAACAGCGCGUUGUUCUGAUAAUUCGGGAGAAUGCGGUAAAUCAAGAACGGCCGGGUCACCGGCACAUACACUCUCCUGAAGGUCAACCAUGACCCAAAAUCUGACAUAACAUGCGGAGGGGCCUGUGAAACACCACUGAUCUGAAAUCAAAUCAAGUUUAGGCCAGGAGCUACAAAUCCAUAUAAGAGAGGGCGGACACGACGUGACAUCUGCUCUCAAUCUCACAGACACUGUUACCUAAGUAUGAAUUACACUUAUUAAGUCGUGACCUCUAUCACAAUGGCUGUAUCGAAGCUCUUGAAGGUGGGACUAGCCCUCGUUGGGAUGAGCUCAGGCUCGGUCAUAAACCGAGGCUCUAUAAACAGUGUUACCGGGUGUAGUCAGGAGCCAGACGUUGCCCUCAACAAGCGGCUCAACGCCACUCUUCCUAGUGGGAGGAAAUAUCUCUUCUGGGUGCCACCAAACUACGACGCAAAUCAGGAGACCACCCUCAUCUUAUCCUUUCACGGAGCCACGAGGACGCCAGAGUCGCAGGCGGACCUCGACCUCCUGACGACGCCGUUUUUCUCCAGCGGCGAGAAAAACCACCACAUCGUCGUAUAUCCUUCCUCAGGAGAAUACGGCAAGAACAAAGGGCGUUAUUGGCAGGGCGCGCCGCAGGUACCGGACGACGUCGACGAUGUCGCGUACGUCCUCGAGAUCCUGGAAGACAUGGAGGCGCGGUUCUGCAUCGACACGCAGCGCAUCUACGCCACGGGGAAGUCGCAGGGCGGGCUGAUGACGAACAACCUGGCGUGCGACGCACGCUCGUCGGGGCGCUUCGCGGCGUUCGCGCCUGUCUCAGGGGCGUACUAUGUCGACGUCCCCGAAGCGGAAUGCAUGCCGCUUACCUUAAAAUCCGCUGCCUGCGAGCCUGAUCGAAAACACACCCCCAUGCUCGUUUUCCAUGGCGGAGACGAUCAUACCAUCCCGUAUAGCGGUGGCCCGCGCUCUGGAGAGUGUCUGCCUUUCAUACCGCAUUUUGUGGAGGAGUGGGCCGCGCGAGAUGGAUUGGCGAGUGAGCCGGAGGCUGUGGGAGCGCUCUCGGGUGCUGCGGAUAAUGCGACGAUCUACAGUUACGGAUCCGGAGAUACGCAAGACUUGGUGCGGCUUGUGUAUAGCGGGAAUCAUGUUGACCAUUCAUGGCCUGCUACUAUCCCUAAUGCUGAUUCGAUCGCGCAUGGGACGGGACCUGCUACAUUCAACGCGAGCUCUCUUAUUUUGGACUUCUUUGCCGGAUAUACGCUUCAAGGGCGCGUUUGAGUUUAGGGUCGUAAUUACCACUUAGAUAGUACGAGGCUAGUUAGAUAUUAGAUGGCUAGUUAGAUAGGAUGAGGCUAGAGAAUGUUGAUCAUCUGUCAUACAGUUAUGUAAGAACUCUCCAUUUUUCAACAGAGUUUGAUAUGGAGACGCCCGAAGCUACGUACUGUGGCUAUCCAGGUUUCAUUUGGCUUCAUUCAAGUUAUCCGACAAUGAGACAUACAUGUGGCAGCACUCUUCUCAUUCUCAUCAUCGAAUGAGAAACUCCGUUGCUAAAGGGGGUUGAGAGCUGGACCAGAGAUGUAAGCAGGGCUGAGUAGACGUCGAUCCACAUGGCGAUGCGGAUGUCGCUGA